GUUUUUAACCAGCACGAAACAAGCAUCGUGUGUCGCUAGUUUAAAGUUGAUAGUUGACAAUUUAAAACAGCGUGAGAAAAUUGAAACUGCUCUUUCCUAAUCUCCUAACUUACAUUUUUUCAACAACGACGUAUAUGGUGAAAGAGCCACCGAGUUAGGCUUGCAACCAAGAAGAGAGAGAGAGAGAGAGAGAGAGAGAGAGAGAGAGCCCUUAGUGCGUUCUGGUAUCAGCUGAUCAAGAGAAAAAGGAUUUAAAGUUCGAAAUGAUUGAAUCUUGUACGAAAAAGCGUAUGUUGUUAGGUAUUACAUUUCUAGGAGGGUUAGUUGGAUUAACUAUUUUAGCGCUAAUUAUCGAGAGCCAUUGGACAGACAGUUCGAGCAAACUUUAUCUUGAUAAUUUUGAAAAUAAUUCCAUCUGUAUCUCGGGAGAGGAAUAUGAAGUAUUGUCUGAGUGUCAUCCAUGCACAGCCUUUGAGAUUGCUAGUGAAAGUAUCGGCAUUUGUGUCCAUGCCAGGUACAAGGAAGUGCUGAAGUGUAAGAGUGGGGAAACAAUAACCAGAAGUUGCGACAAAGUAGCCUGGUUAGAGGAAAGAACAUUUUGGAAGUUUGAAGGUUUCAUGUUUGCCCUGGCAGUUACCUCCUGUCUCAGCAUAUAUUGGAGAGAGAAUGUAUUGAGACAGAGAAUAAUCAGGAAAGUGGCUAGACAAUUGCGCGUCAGUGUAUGAAUGCUGCGUGUAACGUUUGAGGCUGCGUAGUGUCUUU